AUGGCUCACAAGACCACAACAAAUCCUGGACUAUUGUCUCUGGAAGACCAUUUCGUGUCCUCGAUAUGCCAGCAAGACGAGAUCGCCUCGACCAUUUCGCUCCACGUAUUUCCCAAGUUGAUCCUGGACAAGCUCCUCGACGUUGGACCAAAACGCCUCGACGACAUGAAGAGCAUCAAAGAGCACCAUCCGCGCUUCGCCGGCUUUGCUACAUUUCCUAUGGCAAACCCUGAGAGCAUCGUAGACGAGCUUGAGCGUUGCGUCAAGGACCUAAACUUCGCCGGCGCCCUGAUACCAAACAGCGCGAAUGGACGAUACUAUGACGGGCCUGAAUACUUGGCCAUGUGGCAGGCAGCGGAACAACUGGAUGUCCCCAUAUAUCUCCAUCCUUGUCCUCCUUCCGAGGAAGCAAAGCCAAAGUUCCGUGGCAACUAUUCUGGGAACGUCGCCUUCGCUGUAGGUACGCAUGCUUGGGAUUGGCACUCGGACUACGGAGCUCACUUCAUCAGGUUGUUUGCUUCAGGCCUAUUCGACCGCUUCCCGAAACUCAAGAUUGUGCUCGGUCACAUGGGCGAGAUGCUUCCCUUUAUGCUGGGACGUAUCGAACGAAAGCUCGCUUUGACAAAAGAUUCAUCCUCCUGGCGUUCGACCUUUCGUCAGGUAUAUGCACACAAUGUGUGGAUCACGACAAGUGGCCUGUACGAUAUCGAGGUCUUCAAGCUUGUGUUGGCCAUCACGUCGGUCGGAAAAAUCAUGUUCAGCGUUGACUACCCGUUUGAAAGUUCGGAAACUUCAGCAAGGUUUAUGAGAGAGGUGCAGGAGUCCCACAUGGUCACAGAAGAAGAGUUAGAGCUGAUCGAGCAUGGGAAUGCGGAAAAACUUCUAGGCAUCGGAGCAGUGGCAUGGUCAACCUGA